GGCCUUGUUGCAUGGCAACGAAUAACUACCAUAACAUUCCUGUGUGUGGAGGCAGCUGGCAAACUCGAUCUGUAUACUUACUUUUAGACUUUUAAUGAAGGCUAAAUGCUUAUGUUUGCCUUUUAGUGUGUGUGUGUGUGUGGAGAUGCAGGACGAGGGGAGAAGAUUGGAGAGCAGCUGUUUGAGCUGUAAAUCAGAGAAGAGUAGAGAGUUAGAUGAUACAUGCGUCGAUACCAGAAAACUGUACAAUUCAACACAAUGGCUCAUAGGAGCAGGAGAAACUGCAAAGCGGAGGUUCCUCACGGGGAUUUUAGUGCGGUGUCAGAGUCUAGAGAUCCUGGAAAAUGUCCAGAAUGUGCUACAGGUGACUAUGGGGAAAGAUUUCACCUACACCAGGAGUCGCGUGAAAGCCGGAGACAUGGCUACUGUCUCCAACUCGAGCUCAGUUCCGGACGAUAAACUACUCGGAAAGGAAAUGUUAAACACAUGGGAGUGGUUUAAAAACAGCCCGAACUUGACGAAAACAAAUUAUUUAUUCGGGCUCUUGGCUUUUUGCGACGCUGAGCUGUUGCACAUGUUGGGGAAUCUGGCGCGCGUGCUGAUAGCGCGAGAGGAACGCCAUUUCAACGCCCUGCGAUGUAACACAGUUUCGUCGAGCACUGACCCGGACAGCAGCUUUGUGUCUGAAUCAAAUUACUCCUUCAACACAAUUGCUCCUUCAUAUUGCUCCGUCCAAGCCAGCUCAAUCUACGAGCCUGCCAGUUUCCCUCAUGAAACCCAAGAUAACAUUGAACUAGAAAUUCAGGACAGCUCAGAACCCACCAAGGAUUCCAGCUGGAAUGAGGUGGAGGAAGUAAUGCUCAGGGGUCAGAGGUUGAAGAGCAGUGAUGCAGACUGGUAUGGCGUAGAGGAUCCUGCACUCAUGUUGGUCCAAAGGUUUUCUAAAUCCAUGUCAGGAGUCAGCCAACACCGAGACUUUAUUCGGGCACUUCCAGUCGGUCUCGCCAAGAGGAUUUUAGGCCUGUUGGAUAAGGCUACACUACAGAGCUGUAAACACGUCUCCCAGCACUGGCAAUACCUCACCGAGGAGAUCGUAGCAGAGCACAUCGUGAAAAAGAUGGUGGAGGACCAGGCAGUGAUUUUGAAGGGAAUCCCUUCUGCAGUCAACCCUGUCUAUGCCAGGAUCCGUGAGGUCCUAGUGCCCAUCCGAAUAUGCAUCCAGCCUAACACGAGUUUCCUAAAAACUAAGAAGGAUACCAGGGGCUUUGAGUCAGUCUAUACGGAGAUUAAAACUAAGGUCGUGGAGAUGGAGGAGAGGAACGUAUACUGUGGUGUCUACAACAUUGUAGUUGUGCUAGACAGAGAAGACCCCAGCAGAGUGAUCCAUUAUGGUGGAGGCAGGAUGGUGGCACUGGGCUCUAAGGACCGAUCCGUGCGUCUGCUGGACACGAUGCUGUUGAAGGAGGUUCCCCCGCUGAUGCAAGGCCAUGCGGGCAGUGUGAGAGCAGUGCUGGUGUGUGAGGAGAGAGAGCUGGUGAUCAGUGCCAGCUUCGAUCUCAGCAUCAGAUGCUGGAACCUGAAGACGGGUGCAUGCGUGAUGCUGUUGUGUGGACACACGGGCACCAUCACCUGCCUGGACCUGCACGGAAACCAUCUGGUCUCCGGAGCCAGAGACUGCAAAGUCAAAGUGUGGAACCUGCAGACCGGUCAGUGCUGUGACAGGAUGAAGUUUCGUCACCGCAAUCCUGUAGUGUGCGUGAAGGCCGACUCGUCUCUGGUGCUCAGCGGCUGUGAGGGAGGAUUGAUCAAGAUGUGGGACAUGGAGACAGCAACACUUCUAAAGGUCACAGAGGGUCACCGGGGCUCUGUGAAGUGUCUGUUCUUUGACCAAUUUCACAUCUUGUCUGGAGGAUCAGACGGUCUGGUUAUGGCCUGGAGCACUGACCAUGAAUUCAACAAGUGUCUUAUGACCUUCCAGCAUCCACGGGAAGUGCUGACGUUGUCUUCCCUCUACCUGCGAGUCAUCACUGGCUGUGUGGAUGGAAGGAUCCGGGUCUUUAACUUUCUCAGUGGGGAUUGUCUCAGAGUCAUCAAAAUUGGCACUGAUGAAAGCGCUAUUCAUUCUUUAUACACACAUCAUAAUAUUAUCGUGGUGAACAGCAGCAGCCAUGUUUUGCUUCUGCAGUUUGCUGAGCAGCAAUGGGAUUACAGUGCACUGUCAGAGCAGAAGUCCACCACCGAUAAUACACUUCCUCAUCCUAAGCACCCGGCUUUAGCAAGCACAUCUAAACCAAAGAAGAAUGAGAGAAGAUCCAGAACACCAUCUCUCUCCCAACGGAUGAGGAGCCUCUCAGCUCCCAGAAUGCAACACUCGCACGAAAAGCGAUAUGCGACCCAGAAGUGUGUGAUGACCCUGAGUGAGAGAGCUGUGCAAGAGCGUGUGAGGAAGAGAGGCCCCCAUCAGCCCAUCACAACAGCCCAGGUUCUCCUAAAGGUCCGCCCUAGCAGUCAGACUGAGAGCAAAGACCUGGCCACCUCCAACAUGGAGCUGAACGCCACAGUACAAGACGCCUGGGGUCUUCCUCCAACCAGAGCUGCAUCUCUUCCUCCAGCUCUGAAAGCGUCUAAACGGCCACAUUCAGCCCCUAAACAGUCCUCGUUUAAAGCCAUGUUUAAAAUAUAUACACCUCUGAAAGCGCAUAUGCUGGACCUCAACCUCCAGCAUUCCUUGCAUUCCAGCAUCCCAUCUCCGGCGUUAAUCCAGACUGUUCCUAAAUCCAGAAGACCCCAGAUGGCCUGCAGUGUGGGCAAAGUCCGCAACUCCAUCACCACCAUCACGACAGAGAAAGAUAUCCAGAGUUCUGGAAAUACCUUCAUGAGAAGUGAGUUGAAGCAUAUGGGCAGCCAUGUUUAUUUAAAGAGUCCAGGAAAAUCCAGGCAAUCCCAGAAUCCACUGGAUCCGUUCCGAGAGAGCGGAGGCUUUCAGCUCAGGACAGACACGCAGCUGGAGGAAUACAUGCAGGCGCAGAUGCAGGGUAACACUUCCCCACUCCCAAAGGAAGAGAAGAAAAAGGCAGUGCAGGACAUCCUGGAAACCGGAAGUUAAAGCUGCUCCCAUUAAAGCUCCGAAACUGGACGAGGAAACAUUCACCUAGUAUAACCAACACCAAUGUAUUGAUAUAACACAAUAUAUCGGUGAUUCCCAAUUCAAUAUUCUCUAAAUACACUCUAAAUCUGCUCACCUGCAAAUCAGUCAAGCUGUUCCUUAACCUGCCAUAUCCUGUAUACAACAAUGAUCUCAUUCCACAGGAAGUUUGACCAGAAAAUAUACUGAUUUAAGUCACUUCCACUAGCAAAUUCACUGUGUGGCUUAACUUGGAGGGUAAAUAACUGUAAAUAGGAAAGAUUUACAUUAACUUUAAAAAAUGUAAAUAAUCUGUGCCAUAAAUAGUUAUAAAUUA